CUUUCUUUAAAAUUUGGCCCUUUUUUCCCUUCUUGUUCUUGUUCCCCUCUUGUUCAUGUUCACUGCUUUGUCAUAUUCUUUGUGCUCUUAAAUGGACUAUAAAAGCUCCCCAUAAGCUUGCUUACUUCUAUUGUGGCUCAAUUGGGUUUCAUUUAGUUUAUUGAUUAGUUUUUCCCGAAAGCCAUAAUAGUAAUAAUAAUAAUAAUAAACAACAACAAAACAACUCCUAUGGAGAAGCUUAAUUUUGUUAAAAAUGGUGUGCUUAGAUUACCCCCCGGGUUUCGGUUUCACCCAACAGAUGAAGAGCUUGUGGUUCAGUACUUGAAGAGAAAGGCUUUCUCUCACCCUUUGCCUGCUUCCAUUAUUCCUGAAGUUGAUGUUUGCAAGUCUGAUCCUUGGGAUUUACCAGGUGAUUUGGAGCAAGAGAGGUACUUCUUUAGCACAAAGGAAGCGAAGUAUCCAAAUGGGAAUAGAUCAAACAGGGCAACAGGUACUGGGUAUUGGAAAGCAACUGGAAUAGACAAGCAAAUUGUGAGUUCCAAAGGAAACCAAGUUGUGGGCAUGAAAAAGACUCUUGUCUUCUAUAGAGGAAAGCCUCCACAUGGCUCCAGAACUGACUGGAUUAUGCAUGAAUAUCGCCUUGUUAACACCUCAUCCCAGAGCCCUGUGGAAAUUCCAAUGGAAAACUGGGUCCUCUGCCGGAUAUUUUUGAAGAAAAGAGCAAGUAAAAAUGAGGAAGAAAACUGUGGUGGUGAACUUGUUGCUCGGAAAGCAACAAGAGUGAUGAGAAGUAAUAACGCCACCACCAGUACCACUAGCAAUAGGCCUGUUUUCUAUGACUUCAUGAGAAAGGAAAAUACAGAAAGAGAAAGGGAAAGAGCAGACUUGAAUCUUGCUUUGAGUUCAUCAUCUUCUGGUUCAAGUGGAAUCACUGAAGUAUCUUCUAAUAAUAAUCAAGAAGAAGAAUCAUCGGAUGAUCAUCAAGAAGAAGAUAGCAGUAGUUGCAAUACUAUUUCUACUACUACUUUCCCUUAUUUUAGAAGAAAACAAAACUCUAUAUAGUAGUUUAAGUUAAAAUAUUUUAGUAGUAAUCCAAUUCCAGAUUACUUUCUGUAUCGGUAAUGGAGCUUCUUUUUUUCUUCUGGUUUCUCAGUUAGAAUAACGUCUAAAAGGGAAAAAUAUGAUGAGGGUCUUUUUUGGUCUCUUGUUUGUGCUUGUCACUUUGAUAUCAUGAGGAAGAGAAAUAAAAAGAAAAUCCCGCCAAAAGAAUCGGCAUUAACUUACUUUGUAAUCGGUAAUGUGAAGAGCAUUGGAUGUUUAACGGAUGGUUCUUUUGUUUUUGUACAA